AUGUCUUCAGAACGCCUUUUCCGAUUUCCCAGGCCUGAGUGGCUCAACAGUGCCAACAUCCGAAGUGCCGGCAUAUAUUUUUCUGGCGCCUUGUUUUGUGUCGCCCUAUUCUCUCUAAUAGACGCCAGUGUCUAUAGCAACUCUCAUCUCAAUGGCUCCGAUCUGCACCUCAACUUCGUGGACUGGAUCCCCGGCAUCUUCUCGUUCCUGGGCUUGAUUAUCAUCAACAGCAUUGACAAGACACGCUUGACUGGGGAUAGCUUCUCGUACUCGGGUGGGGACAACAUGGCAUGGAAGGCAAGAGUAGUGCUGUUCAUGGGUUUCGCUGCGAUGGCGGGAGGUCUUGCUGGAGGAAUCAGUGUGAUGGUAUUGAAAUACGUGACACAGGGAGCUCAGGGUACACAACUCUGGUUCGGCGUAUCGAACUUGGUCGCGAAUGGCUUGGUCAUGUUGAGUUCCGUGACGUUGUGGGUUAGCCAGAACAUGGAGGACGACUACACAUACAAUCUUGCGUUGUAG